AUGGAUAAAUGGAAAUCUUUUACUCUCUCAAAAGAGAAAGGGGAAGGUCUAGUCGCAGAGGAUGAGGAAAUCUGUGAGGAUGAAUCUUUCCAAAGAACCCUCGCCGAAAAACUGUGGACGGAAAGCAACUUUAACUCCAGAGCUUUCAAAAGUACAAUGAUUAAUGUAUGGAAGCUGAAGCAUCCCGUUGAGAUUCAGGGCCUGGGUAAGAAUUUGUUCCUCUUUAAAUUUAACUCUAGGCGUGAUUUUGAGCAUGUCCUCAUAACUGGUCCGUGGAGCUUCGAUAGACCACUGUUGGUGUUGAAUCGUAUCUCCGGAGAGGAAUAA